AUGUUUGGCAACAGAAUAAUAUCAGUCACUUACAAUACAGUUUCGGUUUUUGGUUCCACCUCAGCAAUAACCUGGACCAUAUCCGGAUUAGACGUGACACUGGGACUCAGCUCCUUGGCAACUGCUCUUGACCCUGCAGAUUAUGCUGGCAUUGAAGCUGCAUUAGACAACCACAAAGUUAGUCUUUACUUCACAGAAUCACCCACAAAUCCAUUCCUAAGAUAUGUUGACAUUGAGUUAGUUUCAAAGCUGUGUCAUGCAAAAGGAGCAAUUGUUUGCAUUGAUGGAAUAUUUGCAACACCUGUUCUACUCUCAGCAACCAAAUACAUUGGUGGCCACAAUGAUGUUCUUGCUGGUUGUAUUAGUGGCACUGCUGAAAUAAUUUCUCAAGUUCAUAACUUACAUCAUGUUUUAAGUGGUGCCCUGAAUCCUAAUGCUGCAUACUUAAUCAUUCGAGGCAUGAAAAUGCUGCAUCUACCUAUGAGGAACCACAUACAACUUUACUCAGCAAAAGACAAUCAAUCUACCGAGUGACUUGGAAACAAUUAGUUUGCUGCUGAGUGGAGGUCUGGAAAUCGAUCUUGGGAGUAUUGGACUUUUUUACUUUUAUUUUAUUGGUUUUAAAAUAUAAAUUUGAUGAAUGCUUUAAGAUUUUUUUGUGUUGAAUAUG